GCUCGCGCCUGGUGGCGGUGGCGGCGGCGGCGGCGGCAGGCGCGCAGCCCCGCGGAAUGGAGCGGCGCCGGGGCUGAGCCGGGCGCGCACGGGCUGCCGCAUGUGCCGCGCGGGGAGCGGCUGCAGAGCGGGCGGAGAGCGAACACGAGAGGCCCCGUCGGAGCGGCAGCCGGAGCAGCGCCGGAGAUGGGGGCGUGUCCCAUGGAAGAUGGACUGAGUGCUUCUGCACAGCGCUGUCUCCUUGACCUCACUCUGAGUCUUGCAGUGGCCCAAAGCUGAGAUGAGAACAGCCCAUCUUCACCACCCGAGCCCACGUUUUCCAGAUCGACCCCAGCACCAAGAAGAACUGGGUGCCUGCGAGCAAGCAGGCCGUCACAGUCUCCUACUUCUACGAUGUCACAAGGAACAGCUAUCGGAUCAUCAGUGUGGAUGGAGCCAAGGUGAUCAUAAACAGCACAAUCACACCCAAUAUGACUUUCACCAAAACAUCGCAGAAAUUUGGGCAGUGGGCCGACAGCAGAGCCAACACGGUGUUUGGUUUGGGGUUUUCCUCGGAGCAGCAGCUGACAAAGUUUGCAGAGAAAUUCCAGGAGGUGAAAGAAGCUGCCAGACUAGCGAGAGACAAAUCCCAGGAGAAAAUCGAGACCUCGAGCAAUCAUUCCCAAGCAUCCAGCAUCAACGGAACGGACGAUGAAAAGGCGUCUUGUGCGGGUCCUGCCAACACACACCUCAAGUCUGAGAACGACAAGCUGAAGAUCGCGCUGACACAGAGGGCAGCCGGGUGGACGGCACCCACCCUCCCGGUCACCGCCUGGCCCCCGCCCGGCAGCGCCGCCAACGUGAAGAAAUGGGAGAUCGAACUGCAGACCCUGCGGGAGAGCAACGCCCGGCUGACCACGGCACUGCAGGACUCGGCGGCCAGCGUGGAGCAGUGGAAGAGGCAGUUCUCCCUCUGCCGCGACGAGAAUGACCGGCUCCGGAACAAGAUUGACGAGCUGGAAGAGCAGUGCAGCGAGAUAAACAGAGAGAAGGAGAAGAAUACCCAGUUGAAGAGAAGAAUUGAGGAGCUGGAGUUGGAACUCCAAGAAAAGGAGACGGAGUUGAUAGACCUCCGAAAACAAAGUGAAAUCAUACCUCAGCUCAUGUCAGAGUGUGAAUAUGUCUCUGAGAAGUUAGAGGUGGCAGAGAGAGACAAUCAGAACCUGGAAGACAAAGUGCGCUCCCUGAAGACGGACAUCGAGGAGAGCAAGUACCGCCAGCGCCACCUGAAGGUGGAGCUGAAGAGCUUCUUGGAGGUGCUAGACGGGAAGAUCGAUGACCUGCACGACUUCCGCCGGGGCCUCUCCAAGCUGGGCGCCGACAACUAGGGCUGCGCGUGAGUCCCCAGGGUGUGUGUGACACGGAGUAGCACUAGGACGUCCUCCCGUUCGCGUGGCUUCUGUAAAUGCAGGCGCGGUUUGUCAUGUUUCCAAACCAGGGGUGCCGUCCACUCUCUCCUCUCCAGAAUAGAAAUCUCCCCUUGCUUCUCUGGCCUUGCGAGGUCAUGGACAACUGGACGACUCUGACUCAGGAAUCCAGAACUAGGUCUACCUUAAACGUUUACGCAGUCAGGGCAGGGAUGUUUAUAUCUUUCUUAAGGGCUGUUGCAACCAUAUGAACUGGAAAAAAAAGUAUUUUCUAAUUCAAGUAUGAAUACCCUUUCCAACUCCUUUUUUUUGAGUAACGUUCAGAGUAUUCGAAUGUCCACCAGGCACCAAUGCGUGGGGUGUGGUGAUAGCAGCUUUCCUCUCAGUAUAUACAGAGAUGCUUUAAAGCAACCACUUAGUAGAGACUUGUCCCAAGAGAGAAAACACGCUUCUGGUGGAGGCGUUUUCUGGCAGGGGAAUCGCCUGCAUCCACUCCGCCCACUUCCACCUGCCCCCAGUUUGUAGGGUUGCGACAGUGUUCCUCUUCUUGGUUUUAAUUUCUGAGCAGAUUACUGUGCUGUGGGGACAGCACGCAGCGAGGGUGCCUAGCACAGUGCCUGGCACAAAGUAGGUGCUUAAUAAAUAUUUGUUCAAUUAAACGUAUAAACAGAAUUUAGUGUUUUCAUCACAUCCCCCAUCAAGCCCCUGUUGGACAGUCCACCGUCCUGGUGCACUGGGUCAUUAU